UCAUGCUUCAUGUUGAUUUAUGUUCGCGUGCGUUCUAUAUAUAUACCCCGCCACGCGCUCCAUAUUAUCAUCAACCGCAUCAAGGCACACAAAUCAAGCUGCCAGAUCCCAACUAGCUAGUCAGCUGCAAAACUCAGUGAUAAGGAAGCAAGACCGACGAAUACUCACUCGAUCAUGGUGGCCAUGGUGGUGCCGUCGGUGUUCGCCGCCUUCGACAAGGACGGCGACGGCAAGGUGUCAGCGUCCGACCUGCGGUGCGGCAUGGCGGCGAUCCUGGGCGAGGACGUAUCGGGGGAGGAGGCGGCGGUGAUCCUGGCCGCUGUGGACGCCGACGGCGACGGGCUGCUGAGCCAAGAAGAGUUCUCGAGGCUAGCCGCCGGUACCCACGAAGAGGACGACGUCGACGUGAGGCAACGUUGUCUGAGGGAGGCGUUCGGGAUGUACGCGUCAUCAUCCACGGAAGCCACGACGACGACGAUGAUUACGCCGGCGAGCCUGAGGCGAACGCUGAGCAGGCUGGGCUCUCACAAGCUGGGCGUGGACGACUGCAGGGCAAUGAUCUGCAGAUUCGACCUCGACGGCGACGGUGCCCUCUCGUUCGAUGAGUUCCAGGUCAUGAUGAUGGCCUGAUCAUCGACUCUCUUCUUGGCAUUUUUCUAGACAGAUAUGAUGUUCACUUAAUGCAUCGAUCGAUCACAUGUAUAUGUACGUGUUCAUUCUUUCUUUGUUUUGCUCGCA